CAAAAUCUCAAUUUCCAGACUGAACAGCUCCAAAGGAUUCUCAGCUACAACCUCUAAAUGCAGCAAACAGCUGGAGCUGGAUCCACACAGGCUCUCUCUAUCAAUCCUCUCCUGUAUUAUCAAAGCUCCAUGUUUCUGGUCAAUAGUAAAAUAUUUACUGUUUUCUUCAGAUCCCAAACUCAGUCUCCUUUUAUUAAUAUCUGCUAGGGUAAUGCCAAGAUCUUGAGCUAUAAUUCCCACGACAGUCCCUGGAUCUGACUCCUCUGCAAUAGAAUAAUGAAGCUGCCCAGAGACCCAGCCCCAGCUACAAAGGAGAAGGGAGAAAGCUACUUGCCAUUUCCAAGCAUUUGAGCAGCAUUUGCAGUCCAU